AUGGCACCAGACCCCGAAUUGGACCGACUUUUAACUAAAAUGAGCGAGGAAGGACAUACUCGAGCCCACAUGAUGGAGUAUCUUGUACUGGAGAAGAAUUACACUAUUUGUCUUCGAACUAUUUCACGUCAUCUGAAGAGGCUUGGCUUAAGUACUAUGCAACCUCAUCUCACCAAGGAAGAGAAAGAUAAGUGUCUGCUGCUCAUGAAGCUGUACCAUACAAGACGUUGGCAACAAAACGAAGUUGUUCGAGUGAUUCAAAAUCGACAUCAAAUGCCUCUAUUCAGUAUGACGAUGCUUAAAACACUUUCAAAGCGGUCAGGAUUACACUGGCGCAAAGACGAUAUUGAACUCGGUAUUAUCACUCCAGAGGAAGCAGCUGAAAAGAUCCUUAAACGCAAGCAAGGUGGUGAAGAGAAUGCUGGCUUUGGACGUAUGGCUCAUGUCAUGGCAACUGCAGAAUCAGUACGGCUGAAUCGAAACUCAGUUGGAGAGCUUCUUGCAAUAGUUGAUACUGAAGAGUUACAUGAAGUGAUAGUCCAAAUGGACUUGGAUCUUGACAAUCUAGAAGCGGGAGGAGAUCCUCAAGAGCUUUAUCCACUAGUACCGUUAGAUGAGGAGGACGAGGAGGACAUAGAUGAGGAGGACAUUCUUUUGGAUAAUUUCUUUUAUUUUGAAGGUGAGGAUAUAGAUGUAGAAGAAGGUGAAAAUCAAGUGUCUGAUCAAGAAUUUGAAUGA